AUGACGACUACUUAUUCUUUGGAAGAAAUUUUGAUAAGAAAGUGUGAAAAAUUACGAGAUCUCGAAACGGCGACUGUAUUUAUUAAAAGCAAAGGUGUAAUGAAGGACGAAUUCUUUGAAAUGCGUACAGUUGUCUCAGAGAUGUGUAGUGGCAUUGAAAGUAUGAAACAGAGACUAAAUGAAAUGAAGGAGGAGAACAAUAAGUGUAGAGAAUUACUGUCACUUCUUAAGACCCUGGAUACGAAAAUCCUUCAUAUGGAACAAAAUGUUCCAUUUGAAUUGAUUCGUGAUUACCAUAAUACUGAGAAUUCUUUAUUACUAAAUAUUUCUUCUGAGGAGAAACUAGUGAAGGAAUUGCAAAUAUCAAAAAUAAACAAUGAUACAACAAAAUUGGAAACUCCAAUAAAAGAUUGUAAAAAAAAACUGUUUAAUGAAUUUGAAGUUUGCCCUAUGAUACUUUUGAUAAGCAUAGAUGAAUUCAAUAAAGUUCCAAAAUAUAUUAUAGGAAGACAGUCCUUAGACACCGUAAAUAAUCUGAUAGACACCAUUAAUCAGAUAUUAAAAGCAAAAUACACAUUUUUAUCACUGGGUAAAGCUCAUGCCAGAAAGCAAGGCAAAUUAAAUAUUUUCUUAAAUUAUAAAAAACAAGACUUGGACAUUUGCAAUGACAAUGGUAAGGUUCAUUGUAUUUCAGAAUAUGUGUACUUCUUCACUGGUGAAGAUUAUGAGAAGCAUACAAACACUAAAUUAAACAAAAUGAAAUUAAAUCUGUUAACUGUUUUACGACAUUGCAAAAGAUUAAGGGAAUAUAGGGUGAAGAAUGACCUACGAUACGUGGUAUUAACAAAAAAAUAA